UUCCGGUUCGAGACGGAAGGCUGUGGUGAGGGUCACAUUGAGCUGCGAGGGAAUCCUGCGGCGCUCUUAGGCCGCGGCCGUGACCUCCGGGGCGUCCCUGGGCCGCAGCCUGGCUGUCUGGUGUCUGAUCCCGCUCUCCCCCUUGCACGUUGGAGGGGCCGCAGCAUCAUCCCCGAGCCACCAUCACCUCCAAAUAUCGAGUCGAGAUAGCACCCCGAGCUCUUCUUGCGACGCCGUCGGUGUCCCAGCGGCUGGAGUCAGCACCAUGGCAGAAGACAUCAAGACCAAAAUCAAGAACUACCGAACUGCCCCUUUUGACAGCCGCUUCCCCAACCAGAACCAGACCAGGAACUGCUGGCAGAACUACCUGGACUUUCACCGCUGCGAGAAGGCAAUGACUGCUAAAGACGGUGACGUCUCCGUGUGCGAAUGGUACCGGCGUGUGUAUAAGUCCCUCUGCCCCAUAUCCUGGGUGUCAGCCUGGGACGACCGCAGGGCAGAAGGCACAUUUCCUGGGAAGAUCUGAACUGGCCUAUCCCACUUCUUCCCUGUCCUUCAUCCUUCUCCCAGGGUGGUGAAGGGGGACCUGGUUACAUAAUGACCCCCACCCUGGGAUCCUGAAUCAUGAUAUAACUAAUAAUAAAAACUUACUGGAAAACUA